AUGGCAAAGGAGGAGCAAUCCUCUCUGAUUACGUCACUUCCGCAAGACGUCAUCGUUGACAUAUUAGCGCGUGUAUCAAGAUUCGACUACCCAGCACUCUCCCUAGUUUGCAAGCACUUCCGGUCAAUAGUAACGUCGCCUGAGAUAUUCACAAGAAGAUCCUUGCUGGGAUGCACGGAGCACUGCCUCUAUGUUGUCCUCGUUAAUGAAAACGAACCUGUUUUGAGUAAGCGUUUAUGUAUUCUCUGCUUGAAAGACAACGGCGUACGCAGCUUGGUUCGUAUCCGGUCGCUUCCUGAUAUGCCUACAUAUAUAAGCUAUAUAUCAAUGGAAUAUGUAGCAAUGGGAUCGAGGAUAUAUGUGUUUGGUUGGGGUGGAAAACACCAUAUGAUUACGUUAAGCAUUGAUUGUGUAACCCACAUCGUUCAACACCUCCCUAGUGUGCAUGUACUAAUGUCUCCAAGAAUGGCUGACAUCAUCGACGGGAGAAUCUACGUAAUUGGAUAUGAUAAUGACUGGAAGAUGGUGAUGGUGGUGUUCAAUACAGAAACGCAAAUGUGGGAGCCUGAGACGAUAUCAAUAAACAAGGAGAUAAAUAUGUGCACUAAUGGUUGUGUGGCGAUGGCUGAUAAGCUGUACACGAGGAAUCAUGUCAACAGCUUUGUUUACGAUCCAAAAAAGAGUAAAUGGCAAAAGGACAAGGUGCUGAAUCGUCACACGUGGACAAAUGCAUGUGUUGUUGAUGAUGUUUUGUACUACUUCGACGACAAGUUCAACGCCGUCACGUUCCACGCCGUCACAUGUUGUGGAUCGUUAAGAGCAUAUCAUGGAAAGAAGAGGCGUUGGCAAGUGGUGAAAGGUUUGGAAGCAAUUUUGCCUAAGACGAGAAGUUCAGCGCCGGCGCAUGUUGUGAAUCACGGCGGGAAACUCGCUUUGUUUUUCCACAAACGAAAUGAAAUUUGGUGUGCGGAGAUAUCACUGGAGACACGCCAAGGAGGGAAGAUUUGGGGUAAAACUGAGUGGUACGAGCGCCUCUUGACUGGGAAAUUUCUCUUUAUGAAAGCUCUAAGUGUUGUUGUUUAA